AUCCCUCGGUUGCCGGGCUGUGGCUGGUAUGAUGUAGGUAAAGGGAGCGUCGCUUUCGGGACGGAGGCGUCUUCCCUGGAGCGAGCGGAGCUGGCACCGCCCGCGCGUAGGCACCGCCGGCAUGAGAAAGCGGAACGAGUCCGUCACGUUGGAGCAUGAGCGCCUCAGCUCCUCGGCUCCGGCGCCAGCAGCCGCUCCCCAGUCCCCGCAGCUGGACAAGGGCUUUAGCUUGAGACCGAGCCUGCGUUUGUCUGGCAGCGCCCGGCCCGCUGGUGACUCUGGCAUGAAGCGAACGCUCGGCAGGAGACAUGGAAUGUGGUUUCGAUUGCGAAAAGUAGUAAUCUGGUUGUUGGGAGUGUACAUAGCCAUUCCAUUUCUAGUAAAACUUUGUCCGGCUAUUCAGGCAAAGCUCGUCUUCCUAAAUUUUGUGAGAGUACCCUACUUCAUUGACUUGAAAAGGCCCCAGGACCAAGGUUUAAACCACACCUGUAACUACUACCUACAGCCAGAGGAAGAUGUAACUAUUGGGGUCUGGCACACAGUUCCCACAACUCUAUGGAAGGAUGCUCAAGGCAAGGACCAACUGUGGUUUGAGGAUGCUUUGGGUUCCAACAACCCUGUGAUCCUGUACUUGCAUGGAAAUGCAGGGACUAGAGGAGGAGAUCACCGUGUGGAACUUUAUAAGGUUCUGAGUUCUCUUGGUUACCAUGUAGUCACAUUUGAUUAUCGAGGCUGGGGAGAUUCAAUAGGCACUCCCUCAGAGAGUGGAAUGACCUAUGAUGCUCUUCAUGUUUUUGACUGGAUAAAAGCAAGAAGUGGAGACAAUCCAGUUUAUAUAUGGGGGCACUCCUUAGGAACUGGUGUUGCAACCAAUCUAGUAAGACGGCUUUGUGAAAGAGAAACUCCCCCAAGUGCCCUGAUACUGGAGUCACCUUUUACGAACAUCCGUGAAGAAGCAAAAAGCCAUCCCUUUUCAGUGACAUAUAGAUACUUCCCAGGAUUUGAUUGGUUUUUCCUUGACCCCAUAACAUCAAGUGGAAUUAAGUUUGCAAAUGAUGAGAACGUAAAACACAUUUCAUGUUCUCUGCUUAUUCUUCAUGCUGAAGAUGAUCCUGUUGUUCCGUUUCAGCUUGGAAAGAAGCUAUACAACAUUGCUGCCCCAUCUCGGAGCUUCCGUGAUUACAAAGUCCAGUUCAUUCCAUUUCAUACGGACCUAGGCUACAGGCAUAAAUACAUCUACAAGAGCCCAGAACUACCUCGAAUAUUACGGGAAUUCCUGGGAAAAUCUGAGCAUCAACAUCGUCAUUGAAGGUUACUUGCAUGGUAGACUUAAAAGUGAAUCAUCUUAAAAGGAAGGAAAGUAGGGGGGGAAGUCUGCCAUUAUUUUAAACCCAGGCACUGGAUAAGUCACAAAUUCCUGCUUCAGUCCUAAUGCAUUCCCUUGGAAUCCCAACCUUUGGAACAGUAGAUAUGAAGAACAAAUGUAGUUGGCUUCUGUCUCCUUUCUUUUCUUCUUCUUCUUGUAAAGAACAAGAGAAUCAAACAAAUUGGAACAAUUAAGUUCAAGCACAAGAAAGACUCGGCAAAAAAUCCUGGAAGCUAUGAACAUUCCUACAGAUGUGUUUUGGUUCACAAUAGCUCCUUGCAAGACAAAAAGAACGUGCACUCUGAAAUGCAAAUGGACUGCAAUUAUCUGCAAAUAUGUAACUCUUAUAACCUUUCAGUGCUGCACCUAGUUUACUUGAGUUGCAGGUUGUUCUCUUGUAGCAAUUAGUUCAGUAUGGGAAUGUUUUUCUCCUGACAAUUAUCAAAUUGGGGAAUUGCUGAAGAUGAUGAAUUACCUUGAUUUUUAACUUCAUUUAAAAAACCAGAGGUCAAGAUGGUUGAAAGAAAACAUUUCAGGAUGAAUUGAAGGAUGUUUCUCCUUUAAAAUGAGUGAUAAUUUAAUAGUGGUUAAGUUUCCCUUUCUCUUGCCUUGCUUUCAAAUUUCAUCGCUGCCUCUCAUACAUAGAUAAGAUAUUAUAAACAUCUUUGUUAUACCUCAUAUACAGACACAUCCUCUUUGAGAUUCUUUCUUCUAGUUUCUAAACCAUUUUCUUUAGAUUUAUAAAUCCCUUAAGUGAUGUAAAAUGUAUUGAUUACAAAUUACACACUCAAAAAGUUAUUUGAAGGACUCCUUUUUUAAAAAAUGGAGGAUGACUUUAAACGAAGUCUAGAUUGGAUGGAGAACUUGUUUUUCCAUUGUGGCGAAGAUGUCUUCCAGUCUCCUCUAAUCCUAGAGAGACAUAUAAGCACUUUGGGAGUGAGAAAAUUGAUAUCCAUCUUUAGUAAUCAUGGUUCUUCACACUCCCAACCAAGCUAUUUCCAUAAAAAUACUCAGGUACAUUAGAGCUGGUCAAAAGUUUUCUUUCUUUUUAAAUACUAGGGAGAUAAUAUAAAAAUGAACACUUUGACCUGGUUCACAUAAUCACCUCAGCCCACCGUGGUUUGUUUAAGCCAGGGUGGGCUGCAGCAUGUGCCGGGCAGUUUUUCAAUAUUCAAGCCGCAGCAGCAACUUGUCAUGUUAUCCAAAUCGGGAGGCAUGGGUUGUGCGAGGGUUGUUUAACCCCAGCCCACCAUGCCACAGCCCACGGUGGCUUAUUUGAUUGUGUGUAUAGGCCCUUUAACUUGAUUAUCUCUUUUGAUGUUAGUUUUCAUUGGGAAUGAAGCUCACUUUCUCCCUCUGAAGUGAAAAUAUUAACAGUUGUAUGUGAACUCCCAAAUUUUAUCCGGAACAACCAAAUGUGUUGAAAGUGGUCAUUAAAACAGUUUCUUUCUGCUGAAAAUAAUAAAGAUUGGUUUUAGUUUGAUAUUUAUAUUAUUAAAAACCAGAGCUAUAUGAAGACAUCCUGACCAGCCUUGAAUGUUCCCUUUAGUUGGCACGAGCCCGAAACAAAGACUAGUUUGUCCUUUUCACUUGUAGCAAAGCAAUUCUUGUUGUAUUGAAAUGUAGCAGCCAGCAUGAUGGUAACUAAUGGUAAUAAAUAUUGAAUCAGA